AUGAAUCAAUAAUCUUUACCUUAAUUACAAAAAUUCAAAUAAAUUGCUUAAACACCUGAUGAAAAUGCAAAAAGAGUAGAUGAAGUCACUCGAUUGAAAUAAUAAGUUGUUCAAUUACAAAAACAAAUUGAAUUUGUUUAAUAGAACAAAUCAUUUGUCAUGAAAAUAUAAAAUUAGUAAUGCACACUUUGUCUUAGAUAUAAAGUACAAAGGUACUUGAUUUAUUGUAGACUUAAAUUGAACAAUUAAUAAAACAGGAAAAAUAGAUCAAAAAAUAAUAUGAAUAAAAAAUUGAAGAAUUGUUAUCAACUUUAAAUCCAUAAAUUAUAAAGUAACAAAAUUCAUAAAUAUAAUAAACUGAUUCAAUUAUUACUUUUAAUAAAGAAAUUUAAGUUGAAUUGAUAAUUGAGUAAGAAACUCAAUAAAAUUAAAUUGAAAAUAUGACAUAAUCUACUUUAGUGAAAUAAUAUGAAUAAAUUAUAAUCGAUUUUCAUAAGGAUUAUGAAAAUUAACUAUAUUAAGUUUAAUAAUAUAAAGAAUUAUAUGAAAAGUAGAAAUAAUAAUAUGAGUAAUUUAAAUCUUAACAUAUAAAUUGUAAUGAUAAGAUUCAUAAAUUACAAAUAGAAAUUAAUUUAUUAAAGGAUACUUCAAAUCAAUAUAAAUUACCUGAUAACAUCUUAAAUCUUAAAAAAUCAAUUGAUUGCACAAUAGAAUAGAAUAAAAUGAAUUAAAUUGUAAUGAAGACUCAGGAAGGUGAUUGUACAAUAAAGAUAUAUUAGAAACUAUAAUAAAUUGAAAAUGAUCUCUAAAUGAGUCUUAGAUGUACAAAAUGCAAAGAUAUAUUUACAAAUCCUUUCACUUAUAUUCCUUGUAAUCAUAGUGUUUGUUAAAGAUGUCAUAAUAAUAAAUGUAGUAAAUGUGAAAGAGAUGUUACUUCUUUUAGAAAUCAAAAUUUAGAUCUUUUAAUAAAGAUUUAUCAUUAAAUAAAGGAUAUUCAAUUAAAAAGAUGA